AUGUCCAACAGUUGCCUGUGGAAGAAAGGCCAAGGCAAGACCGGCGAGCGCACCCGCUGGCUUAACUCGCCCAAUGUGUACCAGAAGGUCGAGGUUCUGGAGACCGGCACCAGCGACCCCAAGAAGAUCACCAAGUGGGUGGACGCUAACAACGACGAGUGGGUUCAGGAUGGAUCGCCGGCGCAUUCGAGCACGCCAGUCAAGAUUGAUACACUACAAUUUGUGCCCAAAAACACCAACCCUAAGGAGUUCAAGGCGUUGCAACAACAGAUUAAAGAGAAUCGUCGCGCAGACAAGAUAAGCGCUGGACCUCAGUCGCAUAUCCUCGAGGGAGUCACUUGGGACGAAGCUAGCAAGCUGGUGGGAGAAGACGCUGCCAAUACGCACACUGGGGACCACGUGGUGCUCAUGGGCGCAGCAUCCAAAGGCAUUAUCCAACGGGGGUACCAACACAACGCGACCGUCUACAGCGCGCCGUACGCUCGCAACCCGUUCGACCACGUGACCGACCGGGAGAUCGACGAGUACCGCCGCGUGGUGGAGCGCAAGCAGCGCGGCAACGAGUAUGACACCGACCUGUCUGAAUCUGAGGCGAUUAGCGCGGCGCAAAUCACAUCGCCCGCCAGCGCUCCUUCGGAGACCGAGGAGGAGUCCAGGGAUGAACACCGAGUGCUGAGAAUAGAGACCAAGCAGGCGCCAGUGAGGAGUCAACCGGAGGUCGUGCUGAGUGAUGAUGAGUUCCUGAACGCCGAACGCGCUCACGCGGACAGGACUAAAGAAGUGGCACAACCGGAUCCGAACCUGUUGCCUGAUGAUGAAGUGUUCCUGUCUUCCGGCACCGCGUCUCCGGCGCCCGUGGUUGUGGUCCGAGGUCCCAUCAGAGCACCACGCGAUCCGAACCUGUUAUCAGACGACGAAGUCUUCCUUGAUUCGUCGGUGUCAAGCGCGCCGCCGCCGACCAAAGAAGUGGUGGUCAGGUCGCAACAGGUCGCCGCAGUUCAACGCGUGGUCGUUAGAGGCGAGCACACUGUCAACGGGGAUCACUCGGAUGCGCAUCAGAGCACAUUUUCGCAUAGCAGUAAAGAGGGAUCACCCUCCAAGGAGGUGUCGACGGAGGACUCUCCUAAGAAAGAUAAGAAGAAGAAGAAAGGCCUGAGAACGCCCUCCUUCUUGAAGAAGAAGAAAGAGAAAAAGAAGGACAAGUCCAGCACGCCACAGCCCGCCUAGAGAUAUAACUACAAACACACACUGCCAUCUCGCUUUCAAGUUUUACUUGUAUUUUAUAAAUAAGGUUCUGGUUCGCCUCGAUGUACUAAGCUUAGAGUGAGCUAAUAGGCAAUCGCAUGCUAUCUCUUUCACACCACUUAAAAGUCUUAUCAAAAUCGGUACAGCCGACCAGCAAGACUUAUUUUGAGCUUCCUUUAUUACUGUCCAAAAGGUAAUUUUUUUUUAGUAAUUUUUACCCAAUUAUGUAUUUUAAAAUAUAUUUUAGCUGUGGUUCUUAGAGAUAUCAUGUGAUUGAGUUGUGAAGCGCAGAAAUCUAAUUUGUAUUUUGAAAUCAAUUCAAUGUAUUUUUAAUUAAAACACCCGAUUUACAUUUUUUAAAUUACUUUUUAAGUGUGCAAUAAAUAGCAAAAUAUGCAAUUUCAAAUGUAAAAAAAUGAAAAAAUAUGUUGGAUCGAUAUCAAAAACAAAUGUAAAAUCGACCCCGUAGUGUCUUGUAUUCGCAAAAACUGUCUCUUAGCUGUGUGUAUGAUAUUACAAUAUUAUAUUUAUAUGAUGAACAUUUGCAUUUAAAAUAUGAAAACAGUUUAUAUUAUUUAAAACAUAUUUUUGAAACAGUGAAUAUUUUUUGCGCCGCUACUAAUUUAUUAUAAAAAAUAUUUGACAAAUAUUUUUAAUAUUAGAUGCAUUAGCCUGUUCUUUGCAAAAACCUAAAACAGACCACUAGCGACAUCUAGUGAACAUAUUUUUAUUUACAUUUCUUAAUUUUUCGCUUUUAAUAUUAGCCAAUACAUUUGGUUGAGAGCGUAUUUACAACGCUGUGUGUGCGUACACGUACAUAUAUUUUGCACUACUUAUUAUUUACCUACUUUAAUUUUAUUAAAAGUCUUUGUAUUGAAAUGUCUUUUCGUAUGGUUUUUGGUGUGAAAUGAAUUCUAUUGCUUGAUUGUUCACUAAGCCUAAAACUAAAUUAGUUAUUUUCUGCUUAGAGACUAAAAAGACGAAAAAGGAAAAACUAAAAAUGAAAAAUCAGUUCAAGUUUUAGU